GGAGGAUCCUUUAAAAUCAAUGAAGUGCGCCGAGUAGGACAUGUCGAUGAUAGGGCGCCUCGGAACCGGAAGAAGUCCACAAAGUGAAUCGGUGCCUCUCCGUCUGGAACCGAGAGAAAACAACACCGCUCUCCUAGCGUUUCUUGCCCAUACUAGACCGGACAUUGCCCCCGAAAUGUGACAAAGUUCACGGGCAACUUGACGUGCUAUUAGCCUGCUAGAGGCUCGUCCUCCGCGCUUACAUCAUACAGGCCCGGGCCGUGUUCAAACAAGCCAAUUAUUGUUUUCUGCUUCGAACCGAAAAUAAACGUGCCAAUACCGAUGGUUUGUAAACGAGUCCACAGUGGAGUGGAGAUGGAGUUAAACCCAAAACGUUUUGUGGUGGUGAAGCCGCGGAGAAGAGCACAGCAGCGCCACUGACUCGCUCGUCGUCGGUGUAGUCCUGUAAAGUCCCUCCCCCUUCCUCUUCUUCCCGGACACAACAUUCACUUCCUAGUAAGGUGAAACAAACCACCUCCUCUCCAAGACAUCAACAACGGGACUAACAUGCUUAAUAAUAUUACCACAAUAAAGAAAAAGCGUGUUCAAGUGACGUCUUUGAAGAGUUAUGUGGCGUUCGCGGUCCCAUGUACCUGUAACCUUAGCUUGUAUCGCUAAUUGAACGGGCAGCUGCUAGCAUUUGAGAUUCACCUCACAUACAUAAAUAUAUCGUUUUAAAUCACAUCGUAAUGUAGAAUGUGUAACGAAACGAACUCAGACUUGGUCGCUGCCUUACUUUUCUGGUGUUCUUACGAAUAUGACGUGACAUUAUUUCAAUGUGGUUGUCGUUGCUGUGCUUUUAAUGGCUACAAGAGGAUGUGCUGUGCCGCUAUUGUCGGCGUUGAUUUUUGCAGCAGGGAGAGAGAGGAGAGUGUUGGUUGGGUAAGGGGACAAGACAAUUAAAAAGAUUGACAGGUAGCCUCCUCUGUCAGGGCUGACGCUUGUGGAGAAGGGGAGGAGUAAAAAAUGUAGCAGGAAAAGCCACUCGAUGCGUCUGUCUAUCAGUUGAGACGGUCUGAAACAGCUUCUGGAUCCAUUGCGUUUCCAUUUUGACUUAUUUUUUUUUAGCAAGGGGGUUAGAGCUCGGAUGUGUCCCCCUCCCUCCUUUCUUUUAAGAGACAAACGUGUUAGUAGUCCAUGUCGCCAAAGCUUUGGAUGCGUCUCAAGUGUUCCUUCUCGCCGCAUCAAACAGACUCCGUCCUCAAGAUGCAAUGAGAUAAUCAUUCGCAUCGUUCCAUAAUCGUAGGUUUCUGACUCAUAACGGGGACAAAACGGACUCGCUUCUUAUCAGAUUGGACUUAUUUGUUUUGUUUAGUUAUUUUUGAGUUUUGUUGCGCAUCAAAAGCGUAGCAAACUAUCGCCUCUCAACAACUCCAAAGAUUUUUUUUUAAUUCAAGCGGAAGUGAAGGGAAAACUUUGGCUUUUGAACUGUUUGUUCUUCUUUCCAUGGGGAAAAUGAAGGAAGAUGACAUUUGAUGGACAAGAAUGUCCUCCGAGCUGCUCCAAUCCAUUCGUAAUUUUUCAGCUCCACGUCGCUGGAGCCGAUCCAGCUAUUAAGUCUAAAAAUAUCAGCCAGUGUGAAGAGAAGACUGACUUUUUCAGCUCUGAGAUCAAAACGUGCUCCCCCCGAAAAGGGAUGAUUUUUCACCACUGACAGACUUCCAGUUCGUUGUAAUUCCUGCAUGAGAAGCACCGUGGAGGCUGACGGUCACUAUGCCGAGGAGAAAGCAGCAAGAGCCGCGGCGAUCAGCAGCGUACAUGCCCGAAGAUGAACUUAAGGCACCCACUCACGAUGACGAAGAGCACCUUCAGGAUGACGGCCUCUCAUUAGAUGGUCAGGACACUGAGUUUCUGUGCAAUGAGGAAGAGGAAGAUGUAGAAGGGGGGCAGCCACCGAGUUACAGAGACUCGCCACUCAGCAAUGGCACCAACCCUGAUGCCGGAUACGGGUCCCCGCUUAGUGAUGCCAGUGACCGACUUACCGACUUCAAAAGCACCUCCUCUCGGGAUGGUCAAGAGAAGGAGGGUACAACGUUGCCCUUCUCACCCAACAACGGCCUCUCUUUCCAGGAUAGCCUGGCACAGAUGAAAGCCGUCUAUGCAAACCUCAUUUCAGAUGCCUCUUGGUCCAGCAUUACAAUGGACAUCAUGAAAUCCAAGUCUGCUGCAGCUGGCAGUGUCAGCAGCGUCCUCACCAAUUCAGAAGCUGCUUCUACUGCCCCUGUCUCCGCAAACACGACAACAACUGCAAAUAAGAGCAAUGGGAUCAACAUGAUCAACAGUCACCACAAUGGCAGGAGUUCCAGCGCCACUGUCAACCACACCGGCACCACAACUGUUAACACUAAUAGCACAGCAGCUAGCUCAGUUGGCAGCCACAGUGCAACCAGUAGCAAUGGGAGCAACAGUGGAGUGGCUAAUAACGGCAGUGGUGUGGCCUAUGACUGGCACCAGGCAGCACUUGCAAAAACUCUUCAGCAGACCCCCUACCACCUUUUACCAGAGCCUAGCCUUUUCAGCACCGUGCAGCUCUACCGCCAAAACAAUAAGCUGUAUGGCUCUGUCUUCACCGGUGCAAGCAAAUUCCGCUGUAAAGACUGCAGUGCUGCCUAUGAUACAUUAGUGGGGUUGACGGUCCAUAUGAAUGAGACUGGCCACUAUCGAGAUGACAACAAGGACAAAGAGGAGGAUCAUGGAAAGCGCUGGUCUAAACCUCGCAAGCGCUCCCUGAUGGAGAUGGAAGGGAAAGAGGACGCUCAGAAGGUGCUGAAGUGUAUGUACUGUGGCCACUCAUUCGAAUCACUGCAGGAUCUCAGCGUUCAUAUGAUUAAGACCAAGCAUUACCAGAAAGUGCCUCUCAAAGAACCAGUGCCAGCCUUGGCCACUAAACUCGUACCCGCAUCCGCUAAAAAACGAGCAAUCCAAGAUGCUAUAAUAUCGCCGUGCUCCCCAGACUCUAUCCAUACCGGUGGUACCGGUGGAAAUGCAUCACUUGGUGAUGUUGGCAAAGAUGCAAAAGCAGCAGCUAACCCUUAUGUAACAGCAAACAACCGCUAUGGCUACCAGAAUGGCGCCAGCUAUACAUGGCAGUUUGAAGCUCGAAAAGCCCAGAUACUCAAAUGCAUGGAGUGUGGUAGCUCUCAUGAUACGCUGCAACAGCUUACUGCUCACAUGAUGGUCACUGGUCACUUUUUGAAGGUCACAAAUUCGGCAUCUAAGAAAGGGAAACAACUGGUGUUCGAUCCUGUGGUGGAAGAAAAGAUUCAGUCUAUCCCACUACCACCAACCACCACCAGACUCCCUGUUCCUAAUAGUGUUAAGUCUCAGCCUGUGUCCCCUGCCCUCUCCUCUGGCUCAGAGGAAAAGCGGGAAGUGAGUGAGGAUGAGAAAGUUGAAAGUGGGGAGCCAGUGGAGAAAAAAAUAAAGGAGGAGAAAGACGACACGGGUGAAAAAGUUGAGACUGACGCCACAUCAUAUAAAUAUCUUAGAGAAGAAGAUCUGGAAGAAACUCCUAAAGAAGGUCUAGAUAUACUUAAAUCCCUUGAAAACACAGUGUCAAGCGCCAUUAGCAAGGCUCAGACAGGCACUCCCACAUGGGGUGGAUAUCCUAGCAUUCAUGCGGCUUACCAGCUCCAAGGUGCUAUAAAGAGCUCUACUGCUGUUCUGCCCCCCACCAUCCAGAGUGUCCAGAUGCAGCCAAUGUUUAACAGUGGGCUCCGGAGCCUUGUGAGUGACCCCAGUUCAGUCAUCCACUCACCUCGUAGCCCCUCUUCCCCUACUCCCCUCAGGAGCAACGUCACUGCCAUGGAGGAGCUGGUAGAGAAAGUGACGGGGAAACCUACCAGUGUAAAGAAAGAAAAAGAGGAGAAGGUGGUGAGUGUGGACAGAAGCCGACCUCCAUCACUAGUAAAAUCUCCCUCUCCUGCGCUGAGAGAGCAAAGAGAACAAGUGGUCUCUCCAAAUGACUUCACUGGGGGUAAACCAUCUAGUAUGAGGAGUACCAGCCCAGGCAGUGUAGAGUCAGAGUUUAUCUGCAAGAAGGAGCCUAAAGAAAGUCUUGUGGAUGUCCAUAAUAGCAAUUCAAGGAAUGGCCCAGAGGCAUGCCAGUCUCCGGUAACUAAUGGCAACAGUCUCGGCAUCAUCACUGAUCACUCACCGGGAAGUCCUUUUAUCAACCCUCUCAGUGCACUCCAGUCAAUCAUGAACACACACUUGGGUAAGGCCUCGAAACCAGUAAGCCCAGCUGCAGACCCGCUAUCUAUGCUUUACAAAAUCAGCAACAGCGUGAUGGAUAAACCAGCCUUCAACCCGCCAUCUCAGGGCAAACCCGCUGAGCCCAUCAACCACUAUCCUUUGUAUGAAAACAAUGACCAACCCAUGGACUUGAGCAAACACAAGUCUAGCACUAAAAGUAACAGUCACAAUAACAACAGCAGUAGUGUGGUGAAAAACAUUGUAAACGGUAACAAACCUCUCAUUGCCCUUGCUGACACCGUUUCUUCCCCUCUGAGAGAGAAUGCUCUAAUGGAUAUCUCUGAUAUGGUAAAGAACCUCACUGGGAGACUUACUCCCAAAUCGUCAACUCCCUCCUCAAUCUCAGAGAAGUCUGAUGCUGAUGGCAGUGCAUUUGAAGAUGCUCUGGAGGAUCUCUCGCCAGUGCAGAAGAGAAAAGGGAGGCAGUCCAACUGGAAUCCCCAGCACCUCCUUAUCCUGCAGGCACAGUUUGCAUCCAGCUUGCGAGAGACCCCAGAAGGCCGCUAUGCUAUGACUGACCUGGGCCCUCAGGAAAGGGUCCACAUCUGUAAGUUCACUGGCCUCUCAAUGACUACCAUAUCCCACUGGCUAGCUAAUGUCAAGUACCAGCUGAGACGGACUGGGGGCACAAAGUUUCUCAAGAACAUGGACUCAUGCCAGCCUGUGUUCCUCUGUGGUGACUGUGCUUCCCAGUUCAGGACUCCCUCCUCCUACAUCAGCCACCUGGAGUCUCACCUGGGCUUCAGCUUGAAGGACCUGUCAAAACUGUCAACUGAGCACCUACGGGAGCAGCAGGCUGCCUCAAAGGUGAUCACGGACAAAAUGACAUUUGGCAGUCCUCUGUCAGCUUUGACCACGCCAGAGGACGACAUUGGCUCCGUGUACCAGUGCAGACUUUGCAAUCGGACAUUCGUCAGCAAACACGCAGUCAAGCUGCACCUCAGUAAGACCCACGGAAAGUCUCCCGAGGACCACUUGGUGUUUGUCACGGCUUUGGAGAAACUGGAGAAACUAGACAAAAUGGAAACAGUCUAAAGAGGGUCUCAGUGAUGGACAGCUAUGGAACUGACUAGAAUUUCAUUGCACUAAAACAACAUUGUUCACCAUUACUGCACUGGGCCGAACUGAGCCAACAGAAAAAACAUACACAAAAAAAGAACUCUUAUUUUCUGUUGUGAUUAAUGCCUGACUGGACCAUGUUGAUUUGUUUUGUUUGUUUUGCCAAACCUUUUUUUACACUUAUUUUGUAAUAUAUUUAUAUGCUAUUUGUCUGAUCUGUGCAUGUAUUUUAGUGACUGAAGGUUAAACAAAUGAUUUUAAUAUUCUCAUUGCAAAACUACAACUACUGCGUCAACGGUAAAAGUGAAAAUGCAUUGGAAGAAUGGAAAUCUGUAUAAUACUUGAGGAAAAUUAAAUGUAUACACCAAAAUAAUUAAAGAAUACCCCCGAAAGACUGAAGUAGCACCUUAGAUAUUUGAAUUCUGCAUUUGUAAAAAGAACAUGUAUUGAAACGUCCUGCAUUUGAGAUUGAUACCUCCCCCCCAUCACGUUGGGUUCCUUUUAUUGAACUGUUUUUGAAGAAUGGCUUGCUCAUUUAUUUAUAUAUAUAUAUACAUAUGUAUAUGUAUAUAUAUGUAUAUACAUGUGUAUAUAUAUAUAUGUAUAUAUAUAUAGGUGUGUGUGUGUGUGUAUAUAUAUAUAUAUAUAUAUAUAUAUAUAUAUACACACACACAAGAUUUUAAAAGAUUAUAUGAACAUUUGGAACAACUGAAUUGCUGUUUCCAGUGAGUCAAAAGUGGCCAUUGUAUGCAAGUUUGCUCAAAGAAACUUUUGUUGUUGUGAAGUACCACCUAUUGUCACAUUCAUUUCUGUUCAACGCUUCUUGUUUUCCUUUUUUUUUUUUUUUUUUUUUUUUACCGGUGUUGCUUUCAGCUGUAAAAAGAACAGUUGUAAAUGAUUACCAGUGAAAUGUCAGUACUCCCAUAACACCUCCCAUCAUUUGAAAUGACUCGGCAGUCUUUGUAUCUUAAGGUGUGUGCAUUCUCUAACUUUUAUAUUGUCAUUUUAUGUACUUAAAUGAUUAAAAACAAACAAAAAACAGAUUGUGUACAUAGAUAUAUGCUGUAGAGCUACAAAAUGUCUUUUUUAAAGAAAAUACAAAUUUAGCUUCUUUGGCUUGGUUUACAGAAAUAAUUUUAAGUAUACUUGCAUCCAAUUUGAUGCAUGGAAUGGUGUGGAAAAUAAAUAAGCGAUGCACAAUGACUGUACAUUUCAAUGUUGUAUCAACAAUAUUGUAAAAAAAAAAACAAAAAACAAACGUUUUUAGCGCCGAUUAGAUUGUUUCUUUCCUUUCUCAAUUGUAAAAUAAACCCCAAAGCAGUUGUUAACGGUCAUGCAUUUGUGGUUGUGUAUUCAUUUGUCAUGAUGAUGCAUCAAGUUCAGCAUGUGUAAGAUACUAUUCUGUAGCAUCCUCGUUGCCGCAAAUUAAAGGAAUCACGGUAAAAUCCACCACCUAGCCCAGUGUAAUACAUUUUUUCAUUGACUUUUGAAAAAUAUUUGACAUUCCCUCCUGGCUAGUACUAUUUUAUUGUACAACAGAUCUGCUUUUCUCUUUCCAAAGUUAGAGUCAGAAAAGCAGCUGGUAUCAUCAUCAUACAGCUGAUGAGAGAGCUGCAUCAUACCACCAAUGAUAAGAAUAAUAGUUAAGAUGACAGGAAUGAUAAGCUUGUAAAGAGUGCCUAUUGUGCUGUAAGAAACCCAUGCUAGGCUUGUGACUGGCCUUUGGAGGGCAUGCUCUGAAGGGCCAGUGUUAUAUUAAUGACAGCAGUGUACUCUAACCAGUGAUCAGAUCAGAUGGGUGUCUGUUCUGCUUGAUGUAGCCUCCUGACUGGUGACACUGAAACAACUAUUAGAAAAAAUAAAUACAUUUUGAUGCUACACAGAAUAGAGGCUGCCUUUUUACUCUGCUCAGUUCAGUUCAGUCGUGUUUUUGUGGCAGG